UCAAGAUGGCUUUUCUUAGCAGUUGCUGGAUUUCUGUUCACCGUUUUUGUUCUUCCCUGUUCCAGAGGUUGAGGUCUUUUGCCCUGCGGCUUGGCCAGUCGCAGGGCGAGGGUGGGACUUGUACUGAGGUGACCGAGGCUAUGAGGGCACUACCUCCCGGUAGUGAUGAGGUCGUUGCUUUGGCUGUGACGGAGGAGGUGUCUACUGAGGUGACUCCCUUCGCUAGCCAGGACCCCGUCCGUCCUGUUGUAGAUGUUGCGGUAAUCCCAGAGGAUACGCCCGCCGCUGACGUCGAAGGCUGCAAGAAAGAGCAUCAUAAUGCAGUUAACUGAGUUCAGUUAUGAAGCAGGAAAGGGACAUCAAAGAACAGGACUGGAUUUUAUUAUGAAGCAAAAAGGAACAUCAAAGUGCAGUUGACUGGAUUUUAUUAUGGAAAAGGAAAGGAAUAUCAAUAUUCAUUUGACUGGAUUAUGUUAUGGAGAAAGAACGGGACAAUAAAGUGCAGUGGAAGGAUUUGUAUGAAGUAAGAAAGGGACAUCAAAGUUCAGUGGAGAAGAUUUUAUUAUGAAGCAAAAUAAGGGACAUAAGAGUGCAGUGGACGAGAAUUUUUUUAAGAAGGAAGAAAGGAAUAUUAAAGUGCAAUGGACUGGACCUCUUUAUGAAUCAAGAAAAGGAACAUCGAAGAGCAGUAAAUGGAAUUUUAUUAUGAAAUGCAAGGAAGGGACAUCAACGUGCAAUGGACUGGAGACUACUGGGGAGAAGAUGUUGCUUCAAAAGAUUGGCAGAGUUGCUUUUUGCUACAGGUGCAAAGCCCUGACAGAUUCCUUUACUAUUUAUUGAGACAUGCUAACGUUACCUUCGAGGACAAUUCGAUGUCUACAUGUCCGCUAGAUUGUGGCGUUUUUUGGAGAGACUGAUCUGCAACAUUGUACUGACAAUGUUAAGAUGAUGGUUGUUCCUCAGUGUUUUGAGAGUUGGAAUCAGGGAUUGUGAAGAUUUGCAUUUCUUCGGUAGCAACAGACUGCCAAUGACACCUGACUUUAUGUCCCGUUCAUAUGUACAGUCAGGGAUUGAUUUGACUUUAUUAUGAAGCAGUAGAGGAAUAUCAAAGUGCAAUCAACUGGAUUUAACAUAAAGCAAGGAAGGAUUAUCAGAGUGUUAUGAAUUAAAUUGUUUCAGGACAGGAAUAAACAACAUCAAAUUCUAAUUGACUGGAUUUUCACGGGAAGGAAAGAAAGAACAUGAGGAAGUAACAUGAAAGUGCAAUUGAUUCAAUUUUAUUAUGGAGAAAGGAAGAAAUGUCAAAGUGCAAUCGACUUGGAUUUUAUUUAAGUGCAGUGGACAGACUGGAUUUUCUCAGAGUGAAGAGAGGAUAUCUUAAUGUUAAUGUGACCCAUAAAAGUGGCUGUAUUCAUUUGUAGUGUUAAAAGUGAAAAAAUAACAUAAAAAUGUUAA